AUGAAGUCACUCCUCUCACUCACUUCCCGGCCACAUGCCCUGUCGGGCGCAGUUCAACCUGCAAAAGGAUCACCUCUCGCGUUUCGGCCUUACUCCAGUGUGCCAUCUGGUGGACAUAGGCCGUUGCCUCUGGCUGGAGUUACCGUGGUUAGUCUGGAGCAAGCUAUUGCCGCGCCCUUUUGCACGCGACAACUUGCCGAUCUUGGAGCUCGAGUCAUCAAGGUCGAACGACCAGGUGUUGGGGAUUUUGCACGACACUAUGACACGCGAGUUGGUGGGCUAGCAUCACAUUUCGUAUGGACAAACCGCUCCAAGGAGAGUUUGGCUCUAGACCUCAAACGUGAAAAUGACCAUGCCGUCUUGAUGAAGCUCCUCCAAAAGGCCGAUGUUCUCGUUCAGAAUCUGGCUCCUGGUGCCAGUGCGCGACUGGGGCUUUCCCAUCAAACAUUGAAAGAGAAACAUCCUGGUUUGAUUGUGUGUGAUAUUUCUGGAUAUGGACAAGAUGGCCCAUAUCGCGACAAGAAAGCCUACGACCUUCUUAUUCAGAGCGAGGCUGGGAUGCUGUCCGUCACGGGAACUGGAGAAGAGCCUGCAAAGGUUGGUAUCUCUAUCGCCGAUAUUGCUGCGGGAAUGUACGCAUACAGCAACAUUCUGUCGGCUCUACUGCAGCGUGGGAAAGAUGGCCAAGGUUGUCAGAUUGACAUCUCCAUGCUAGAAAGUAUGGUGGAAUGGAUGGGAUUCCCAAUGUACUAUGCGUUCGACAAUGCUCCAGGUCCGGUGCCAGCAGGUGCCUCGCAUGCAGCCAUCUACCCUUAUGGACCGUUCGAAGCGGGUGAUGGCCAGUCUGUCAUGUUGGGCAUUCAGAAUGAGCGGGAAUGGGUCAGUUUCUGCAGCGGUGUCCUCUCGCAGCCUGAUCUAGCCAGCGACCCUAGAUUUUCCAGCAACUCACAACGAACUCAAAAUCGGGAUGAGCUCAAAUCUAUCAUUCACGAUGCGUUCUCGAAGUUCACGACAGAGGAAACAAUAGCUCGGUUGGACGAAGCGGCAAUCGCCAACGCUGGUGUCAAUGACAUGAAAAAUGUUUGGGACCAUGUCCAGCUUCAAGCACGAAACCGAUGGACCAAAGUUCAAACCCCCGUGGGGGCCAUUCCCGCUCUUUUGCCCCCUGGAUCAAGCAAGUCGGCCGAAAAAGCCGGAUAUGGCGCUCAGAUGGGCUCAGUUCCACAGGUUGGAGAGCACAACGAAGCCAUUCUCGCGGAGUUAGGUCUAUCAAAUUGA